GUUGCGUAAAUUAUCGUGCGAAUAUGGCACAUUUGGCGUGCCAUACUUUAGUGCUAUGGCGUACCAGGAAGGGGAGACGCUUGAAUCUUGGCUCGGUAAAGCCACCCAUCCAGCAAACAGACAGGAGGACUGGGAGUACAUCAUCGGCUUCUGUGAUCAAGUAAACAGGGAAUUGGAAGGUCCGCAGACAGCAGUGAAUCUGCUUGUUCGGAAAAUUUACUACUCACAGGAAUGGGAGGCUCUUCAGGCUUUGACAGUAUUAGAGGCAUGUAUGAAGAACUGUGGGAGAAGGUUUCACAAUGAGGUGGGAAGAUAUCGGUUUUUAAAUGAGCUGGUAAAACUUGUUUCUCCACUGUAUGUGGGCAAAAGUACGCCUGAGAAGGUGAAGAAGAAGAUUAUAGAAUUGCUGUACAGCUGGACGGUUGCUUUUCCCAAUAUAACCAAGAUCAAAGAAGCCUACCAUGCACUGAGGGUACAAGGCCUUGUAACACAUGACCCGGAGCUACCAGUGGAAAUGACUCUGAUUCAGUCUCCUCCAACACGGCCUAAGCACCCGGUGUUUGACAACGAGGACAUGGGAAAGCUGCUUGCUGAGCUUCUCAGAAGUAAAAAUCCAGAAGACCUUCAAGAGGCCAACAGAUUAAUCAAAAACAUGGUAAAAGAGGAUGAGAUUCGGGUGCAGAAGGUUACAAAGCGAACAAACACUUUGGAGGAGGUAACCAUCAACGUCAAGUUGCUGACUGAGAUGUUGUCCCACUACGAUAAAAACACUUCCAGCGACUCAGACAAGGAGAUCAUUAAGGAGCUCUACGAACGCUGUGACAAGUUGAGGCGUUUUGCUUUCAAGAUGGCCACUGAGACAGAAGACAAUGACACCACCCUAGGUGACAUUCUCCAGGCCAGUGAUGAUCUCUCCAGGGUGAUCACCUCGUAUAAGAAGAUUGUCGAGGGUCAGCAGAUCAAUGAUGACAACGAAGAACGUCAGUCUUCAGUUGAUCAGAGUGAAAGUGCAGAGACAACAGAUACAUUGAUUGACCUAAGUGGCCUUGGUACUCCCAGCACCCCUCACCCUGCUCCUCCUCCCUCUCAGUCCUCACUUCCUAUGUCCAAAGACCCCCCAGCAUCUCCCAUCCCUGUCUUGCCUCCUCCACCAAAACACCUUCUCAGUUCCCACAGAAGUCAGAGCAAGAGUCCAAGUGGCCCCUCCCAGAACACAACGGCCACUUCGCUCUCUUUACUUGAUGAUGAGCUGCUGUCUCUCGGACUCAAUGACCCUCCUACCUCAAUGAGCAGCCAAACAAAACCCCAGUCGGAUAAAAUCUCCAGUCAGUGGACUUCUUUGCAGGCCCCGGCAGCUAGUGUGGAUAUGUUUAGCAGUUCUGCUUGCUCUGGUCCAGUGGUGCCCCCAGUUGAACCAGCUGCCCCACACAGUCUGCAGAGCCUGCAGGAUCUAGCCAUGAUGGGCUUUUCAGAUCAGCAGAAAUUGUCCAGCCAAAUGAUGGCCAGAGGAAGCAGCUUUGGGAUACCAGCAGCAGCAGCACCUCCCCUCGUACCCCAGCAGGGCUCUCCCUCCACUGCAGCCUCACUUCUCCACAGCACAAUGCCCAGCUCUCCUGCCUUGUCCCAUUCCAAGGCUCCAAGCCUGGACAUGACUCCAGGCAGCCCGCUGUUUCGCUCUCUAUCUCCUUGCCACCCGCCCCUCCAAGGCAGCCCAGCCAGAGGCACAGACAUUUCCCUUAGCAACGUGCACGUCCCUCUGGAAGUCAUCAGACCCAGUAAAGUUUUACCCGUGACUGCCUAUGAUAAGGAUGGUGUUCGUGUGCUCCUUAACUUUGCUUCUGACUGCCCCCCUGGGAGACCCGACGUGUUGGUAAUCGUGGUGUCGAUGCUCAACACAGCACCCCUACCUGUUCACAACGUACUCCUGCAAGCCGCUGUGCCGAAGUCAAUGAAGGUGAAGCUGCAGCCUCCAUCGGGAACAGAACUGGCCCCAUUUAACCCCAUCUUACCUCCAGCCUCCAUUACACAAAUCAUGCUAUUGGCCAAUCCAGCAAAAGAAAAGGUGCGUCUGCGCUACAAGCUGGCCUUCACAGUGGGAGACCGCUUGUGCAACGAGGUCGGAGAGGUAGACCAGUUCCCCCCGCCAGAGACAUGGGGCCAUCUAUAGCAGUAUUAAGACUCAGCAGGAACAGGCCAGUUUUUACUCUAUGAAGGGGUGUGUGUGCAUGUGUUCACAUCCAUCCCAGAGAGACGGGAGAGGAGGAUGUUCAGCUGAUCGCUGCCUUUAAUACAGCUAUUCAUUUUUUAACCAUUAUCACUGGCACUGAGAGUUAAACAGAAAAACACUUAAAAAGAUUUAUUGAUGACGUGCUUGUUAUUUUUCUCAGAUCUUCAACAAAGCAAAGAUACUACAUGUGGCCACGGUGUAUACAGGAUAUUUGAGUUAAUAUAUUACCAUUAUUUUGUCUCUGAGAUUAAUCAGUCAUAUUUGAAUGUAUUAUAAAGAAUUAUUGCAUUAAACCUGUCAACUGAUGCACUACAGCAGAACAAAUAUUUAAAAGAAAUUAACUCUGAAGUCCCAGAGCCAGUAGAUCUGCUUUUAUUUAUCGCUCUGGCUCAACGUUUACACAGCCUGCAAAUAAUACUUGAAUAUAUCCAGAGUUGUGAAGAUCUGGAUAGAUGUUUAUAUGAAGAAUUCAGUCACAUAUCAUUGCUUCAUAAAGAUGAGCCGAUUUAUUUUAUUCAUCAGUAUUUUUCACAUUCUUCACUGAAUUGUUUUAGUUUAACUAGCUAAUGUAGCCAUGUGCUAGAUUAGUUGACAGUGUUGUUUUUGAAGCAACCAACUUUACUUAAAGGGAUUUCUAACUGCAGAUGAGCCAUAAUGGACUUGAGUCCAACACUGGAUUUCUGUGAUUCCUUUUAGCUUUUACUUUUUUAUUAUGAAGAUGACUCAGCCAAAUUGUCGACAUUUCAGACAGAUUUUUGCCAGUGAGCAUUUAGUUUUCUGUAUUAAAUUAUAUUUAUUGUCCUGUGUUAGUUAGACCUUUUUGUCAUGUUAUUUCAGCACUUAAAUGUGUCAGCAGGCAGAUUUUCCAGUGAUGAAAAGAUAUCUUCAUAAAUCCAUCUACCUUCCUUUAAACUGGAUUCAGAAACAGUUCAUAUCCUUUUCUAUCUUGCACACUAAAGAGUAGAGUUUUGACACGGUUAAUUCAGUAACUUACUACAGCACUAAAGCUCCAUGAGAUUGGAUGGCAAGCGUCUGAGUGGCCAUCCUCAGGUCUGUCAACAGGUGGUUUAAUUUUGGUUAAAGACGUCUGGUUUCAGUGUUUUGGUGCAGGAGUGCUCUUUUAGGAGAUUCAAAGCUCAAAAAUGGUUAGAAAACAUCCCACUGCAGUUCCUCAGCCACAUAAAGCUGUAAACACUGAACAAAUAAUACAGACCGAACUUGAAGUUACAGAAGAGGGUUUAAACUCUUUUCUGAGUUCGACCCAAAAUAAUUCAGCUAAAUUUCCUGAAAACAUGUUUUCAUUUGUCAAUGAAGCAUCUCGAGUGUUUCAUGAUGGCAGAAACUAAAGGGGUCUUGAUGAAAUCUUUGAAUCCACUGUGGGCUCCAUGUCUGGUGGUCCUCAACUCAUCAUCAUGUUGAUGUACAGAAUUGUGUGUUUACUGUUCAUUUUGUGUAAUGUAAUGUACUUGCUGUUUGUUGCACGGCAAGUUAUGUGAACUUGUCAUGUGCCAUUUGUUCGCUGCUUGAUGAGAAAAAUAAAAUAAAUUCUUCAUGGUU